AUGGCCCGUGAAGGUGCCAAUAUCUCUUUCGUUUACUUACCAGAAGAAGAAGACGAUGCGCAAAGAACGAAAGAGAUGGUCGAAAAAGCUGGAAGGAAAGUUAACCUCAUACCGUCGGAUGUAACAACCAGCGACAAUUGCCGGGCCAUCGUUCAGAAUCACAUGAAAGUGUUCGGCAAACUAAACGUGCUGGUGAACAAUUCGGCGAUGCAAGAAAUGUGCGACGAUCUGAAAGAUAUCAAUCUUGACACUGUAGAGAAGACUUACCGGACGAAUGUCCUGAGCAUGUUCGCCAUGACUAAAUUUGCAUUGCCGUACAUGAAGCGCGGGAGUUCGAUUAUCAAUGCGAGUUCAGUGGCUGCUUACUUGGGAAACCCACAGUUGGUGGAUUACUCCAGCACCAAAGGUGCCAUUGCCACAUUUACACGAAGUCUAGCUCAGCAACAGGCACCAAAAGGUAUCAGGGUUAAUGCUGUGGCGCCAGGAAUUAUAUGGACACCGUUGCAGCCAGCAACCAAAGGAAAUGCAGCUGAGAACAUGGACAGCCAUGGAGUUGAGUCUGCAUCGUUGCAGCGACCCGGGAUGCCGGUGGAGGUGGCCGCCGCGUAUGUCUUUCUUGCAAGUCCUCUAGGUAGCUACUUUACAGGGGAAGUAAUUCAUGGAACAGGCGGUUUAGAGAUGCAAGGAUGA